AUGCCGACAAAGCAGGCCUCGAAGAAGCCGACUGUGAUCUCCAAGCGCUCCAGCACUCGCGAGCGCAAGGCUCCUCAGCGGUUCCGGCCGUCUGCCAGCGAGAUGCCCUCGUGGCUGGAGACAAUGCUCCACGACAUUGCGCUCAAAACAGUCGCGUCCUCGUCUCUGCCGUUCGAAGCGAGUGCGCUGGCGGCGCUGGAGGAGGCGCUGGAGCCGCUUUUGGAGGAGCUGUGCAAAAAGGCUCUUCAGAGGGCGCUUGCGGACGGGCGCGACGAGAUUACAAUCGAUGACAUUCAGGCGGUCACCAAGACUGUCACCGCUGCCAAGAAGAAGUGA